GGCUCCGGCCUCCCCUCUCCCCCCGGCGGUGCUCGCAGGUGGAGGACGCCCAAGAAAACUCUCCCAAGUCCUCCGCCACCACCUCUCGCCAAAGGAGAGGGCAAGCCCCGGGCCCUGGGCCUCUUCUAGACUGGUGAAAUAAAGACUUUGAAUCCUCUGUCAAAACAAUUGUUCCAGAAUACUGGGCCUUUGCGAACAGUACAUUUCAAGAUCUCGAGUUUCCUGAAUAGUUCAGGCUCAGCACAACACACCAUGUCGGCUUAUCCCAAAAAUUACAAUCCGUUUGAUGAUGAUGUGGAUGAUGAAGACUUAAAGCCUGUGAAAUGGAAGAAUGAAGAGGAUUUCUCCGAUAAGCCUAGGGAGCCUCUGGACAGACAACAGUACCUGCGGCAGGAAGUGCUGAGGCGGACAGAGGCUUCUGUGGAGAGCACCAACAGGUCCCUUUCCUCCAUUUAUGAAUCAGAGAAGGUUGGAAUAGCUUCAUCUGAGGAGCUCGUGCGUCAGCGGGGAGUGCUUCAGCGCACAGAACAGAUGGUGGACAAAAUGGACCAGGACUUAAAGACUAGCCAGAGGCACAUUAACAAUAUCAAGAGCAUGUUUGGGGGCCUGGUCAAUUACUUUAAGUCCAAGCCUGCUGAUGCCACACACCCCCAGAAUGGCGUCGCCGACUCCCAGCCUAACACACGACUGAAAGAAGCCAUAGUCACAAGUAAGGAACAAGAGGAGAAUUAUCAGGCCAGCCACCCUAACCUGAGAAGGCUGCAGAGUUCAGAUGCUAUCAUGGGUGGGACCAGCUCUUCCCUCAGCACUGACGGCUAUCCAAAGAAUCAGCAUCUCCGAGCCUAUCACCAAAAAAUAGAUAGCAAUCUCGAUGAGAUGUCCAAGGGGCUUGGCCGGCUCAAGGACAUUGCCUUGGGAAUGCAGACUGAGAUUGAAGAACAAGACGACAUCAUUGACCGACUCAACACUAAAGUUGACAAGCUAGACAUAAAUAUCAAAAGCACAGACAAAAAAGUCCGGCAGCUUUAGAGACAAAUGAGGUUUUCUGUUUGUUUGCCAUGGAACGAUCUGAGAAAUUCUUUCCUUCCCAAGAUGUUUUUCAAAGCCUCUGGAAGAAUUCCAUUUCACUACUUUAGUAAGUUACUGAUUAAGCUGUGUCUGCAAGUGGUACAACAGUGUAAGUCUUCUGAAGAGUUACUUAGCCAAGAUGGAUAGGGAGGAGGGCAGCCCUGAACGGCCAACGCCCGCCCCUGCCUGCUUUACUGGAAUGAGAAGAAAGUAACUUCACUUCUCAGUCUACUGAAAAGGCAGUCCUAGGAAAUGAGGAGAGAUUCUCUCAUUGCUAUUGAGAAGAUCAGGAAGCUGCUCUGCUCCUCCUCUAGAGGCAUCAGACCCGGAGGGCUGAAUGGGGUCCCAGGCCUCCUUUGUGUCAUCUCCCUUCUUGGAGUGGGAAUCACCUCCCCACCUGGACCCUUCAUCUGACUGACAGCAUCACCCUGCUCAGAUGACAGUUCUGAAAUCAGGCAACUCUCCUGGUGGGUUUAAUUGAUCUCUGUCAUCUCCGUGCCUUCUCCUUCCCUGAGAGGUGGCAUCCAUGGCUGCUCCAGCAACAUGCUUUGCUGUCAUUGUCCUUGCUGCCUGCCCCAAAUUAGGAGCCCUACCCCUCUGAGCCUGCAACUGCUGCCUUGGCAAAGCCCUCAAGGUUGUAGGCCAUUUGCAGUCCUUUUUGUUUGUGUCCUGGUUUCCCAGCAGCUCCUUUCCCAAGAACUGGACAGAAACUCUCCACCUUUUGUCCAUCCCCAUCCCCUCCGCGCACGUUAUCCUUCUUGGAACAAAGUCUUAGGGUGUAACUGCAUGUUUACACAGUGGUCGUGUUCUGACUAAUCCCCUGUUCUCAGUGUCAAUUCAUGCAAGUCAAUCUGUUGCAAAAAGAGAAUUUGAAAAAAUAAGGCUUGACUCAUAAAGACAUGAGGCUUCUGGCAGGAAAGAGGCCCGCAAACCUCGAGUCAGAGCUCAGCCUCUGCUGGGCUCUCUGGAUUCCCUCUUUAAUGGGUCGCAUUAUCUGCACCAAGACUAGGAGACUCUAGGCGGAAAUCCAAGGGGCCCUGAGGCCAGACAAGGUGGGGAUAUGCUGGUGAGGCAGAGGUAUGUGAUCUCAGUGAUUUAGUAAGACAGCCUGUUAGUUAAGCAACAGACCAGCCAGGGUGGAGCAGCUGGCCUCUUUCCCGCUGACAGUUCCUGUUUUUUACAGUCUAUUCCUUGGUAACUUCACCAUUUUAGGCCUCUCGCUAUCUAGCAAAAGAGAGAGAGAAUAGUUAAGGGGGGGUGUCCAUAUAGAGAUAUCUAUAACGAGGCAGAGACAUGCAAAGACAUGUCUACCCAAUGUCGAAUGACACUAACCAUGUGUGUGGGGUACCACUGCAAAGAAGAAUCUGGGAUCCAUUUGUUUUCAUGGGCAUGACUUGAACUCAGUUUACUUUUUGAGCAUUAAAGGAAAGAGAUUUCUUAAAUGAAAGCCCCUCACCUUGGUUAUAGGUAAACCAAGCAGGAAGUCAUUUUGAAAGCAACUUACUGCAUAGGAGCCUUUUCAGAAGAAGAAAAUCAGCUUUCAUUGUGAGACACCGGAGGAGGAUUUCUGUUGACACUUGUGCCUAUUUACGACAUCUUCGGCGCUCUGUGCCUCUCUGACCUUGGUAAUCUACAGAAUAGGCCCUCCCUGUGGAGGAGGCUAGAGCUCUUGGGUUGGUCUCUGGAGAGCAGCACUGACAUUAGUGGGUAAAGCUCAGCAGCACGACUGAAGAUCUGCCCUUUCCCAAACCUGCUCAAUGCCAGGCUGGAUCCUCCUCUUGAGGCCUGCGAAGAGAGAAGCAAAGGGAGCUCUGAAUGGGAAGGGCAUUGAGUCAAGGAAGUGAGAGUUGGGUUUGCCUUUGCUCCAGACUAGUGGGACAGAAGACGCCUUAUCCCUAGGAGAGAAAUGGAGACUGAGCUGCUUGAGCUUUGGGGGCAGAGGCUUGAAGACCGCACCCAGCCAGACUAGAGCAGCUUAGCACCAUUCUCCGAGGGAUUUUGCGAUGAAUGGCCAUUCUUGAACCUCCUUCACCUUGCCCGUUUCUGUCUGCUAGCAUUUCAUCAUGCAAGGGGUGAGUCAUGACACCUUGGACUUGGACAAGUGGCCAGUUGUUCCUGUCUGCCAAGGAACAGAGUGCUAAGAAUCUAAUGUAGAUCAUUAAACACAACUUAUUCGGAGUAAAUGGCCUCAUUGCUGCUGAAGAAUCCUUAAGAAGCAAUAUCUCCUGGGAGACAUUUUUUCCAAGUGAGUGUCAAAUCACCUGAUGGGCCCGCGAAGGCGCCUGUUUUGCCAGCCCUCGGCCAAAGAACGUCGCCAGUGCCAAGCAUUAUCAUACUACAGAGGAGACUGCUGUGAGGUUCUGUCAUCUUUUUACCUGUAUACUUUGGCAGAAAAGCAUUCAUACAUGUCUCUCCUAAACUCUCCAACAAAACUUGAGGAGCGGUUUGGCCCUGCCUGGCAUAGGGGGAAAAACCCUGGUGCUGACCCUGGGACCCAGCCAUAGAUGUGUUCCUCGCCUAAGACCUCCCGCAACCUCCAGCAUAGCCAAACGGAUUUUCCAUUUGGGUACCCAGGAACAUAGACACCCCAAGGCAAAUUACCUUGGCAAACACUGCCCGAGCUCCUUUGCUCUGCCACACACAGGCCUCCUCUAGAUUUCCUGCCCUUCCUUCUUGCUGAAGACAAAAGCCAGCCAGACACAACCCAAGUGGGUCAGGCUGUGUUUGCUUCUCUCUGCUGCCGUGCUGUGUCUCCCUGACUGUGCUGAGAGGUUCGUGAACACGGCUGCUUCUCACCAGGUAGGGCCCCUGCUCAGAAGUUACAAAUGCCACUACUGCCUGAAGGGAAUCGAAUGUCCCUAACUGGGGGGCUAGAAGCAAAUUACCUUUCCAGAAGUGGCUUGUCUUCCAUUUGUAACGAAGUGGCAGUGAGCUUUCCUGUCCUUGGUUUGAGUCUGAAAUAUCCCACCCAAUGGCCUAAUACUAUUUUUAUUUCUCUUGAAAGAAGACUGCUUUUAACCACCCCCCCAGCCAGUACCAGCCUUUCUGUGCAUUCUCUGGGAAAGAACCCUUUGAUUUGAAGGCAAGAAUCUGGUAGACUCAGAUGAAAAGGCAGACAUUUAAGGAUGUGAUUAAUCUAGCUUCAGUACCUCUAAUCGGAUUUUGUUGAUUGUGAUUUUAAUCAUAAACCGUACCAAUUUCAUACUAAUCUCAUGUUUGACAGAAACACAGAUCCUUUCAUGGAGACUUUUAAAAGCUUUUGAAAAGACCUUGUUUUAACAGCUUCAUCUGUAAAAAUGGAAAUGUUCUGUUAUUAAAAGUGCUUACUGUACAAUGAA